AUGGCUGGGAAACUCCCACUGCCAAGUACUCAAGAAACAAGCUCUCGAAUGUCGCCUGCGCUGAGUUUUGCGACGCUGGCGAGGACUGUUGGACGUAUUACACAGGUUCUACAACGCAUAUGGACCGCCAUAGAAACCCUCAUAAUCCGCUUUGCGACACUCCCAUACUACCGCCUCUACCAUUUCAACACUAUCAAUCCCCUCCGCAACCUCGCCUCCCUCGCUUCAUCCUCCAACCCGGACACUAGGAAACUCCUCUCUACGCUAUCGAGUUGGCGCACGAGGAAAAUAAGUGAAUUACAAUUUACUACGAUUUCUUGCACCGUCCUCGCCGCAGCGGUAAUCGGCGCCUUCUCCUGGCCCACAAUCUCAAACGCGCACUGGCUCACCCCGGGAUUCUGGCAUACAAGCUUGAUUCUGUCGAUUCUGGGCAUUCUGCUGUCGGCGUCUGAAAUCACGGUGUUGAGUUUGUUGGGGCCGGUGGGGUAUCAUCAUCAUCACCCUUCCUCGCAUUUUCCACACUCGUCGCAGUUACCACCCGCACCCAUAUCUGGUCAUGGUAAUGGCGGUGGCGGUGGCAGUAAUGGUGGUAGUGGUGGUGUGAACAACUCAGCCAUGCAGAGAUAUAUACCGUUCCUCCUCUCACCCGUGAGGACAAAAGAGGAUGCAAGCGGUGGUGGUGGUGCAAAGCAGCACUAUGUGCCUCGGCGUAAGAUGGUUUUUACAUGGCAAGCCCCGCUGAUGUUCAUGUCAUAUUCCGUAUGCGCCUUCCUAGCCGGCUUGACUGUUCUGGUUGGCCUACCGAUUCUGAGGGGGGACAAGAAGGGGGCGUGGGGGGAUGAGGGGUGGAAUAUCGCAGUCAUGUACCUCACGGCGUUUGGGUCUGGGCUUGCGGCGUUUGUAUACUGCUCGUUUUGGGUAUAUCACUAUGUGCAUGUUGAGCAUGAUGGGGUUGAGCGCGACGAGUAUCGCGAGGUAGGGCCUUGGGGGAUGUUUCCUGCUGGGUAUGAUUGA